AUGAGCCCUAAGGAGAAGGGGGCUUCCAUCAAUGAAGAUGAGCAGGGCAUCAUCCCACGAGCCAUGGCCGAGACCUUCAGGCUUAUCGAUGAGAACGACCUGAUCGACUACACGGUCCGAGUGUCCUACCUGGAGGUGUACAAGGAGGAGUUUCGGGACUUGCUGCAGGUGGAUACAGCCAGCAAAGACAUCCAGAUCCGGGAGGAUGACAAGGGGAACAUUGUGCUCUGCGGCGUGAAGGAGUCAGAAGUGGAAGGGCUGGACGAGGUGCUGAGCCUGCUGGAGAUGGGGAACACAGCCAAGCACACGGGAGCUACCCACGUCAACAGGCAGUCGAGCCGCUCGCACACCAUCUUCACAGUGACCAUGGAACAGCGGCGCGGGGCCGGCCGCCUCCCCCUGCACCACUACCACCCCUCUGUCCCCGCCUCGGGCCAGGUCCUGGUUUCCAAGUUUCACUUUGUGGACCUGGCGGGCUCGGAGCGAAUUGUGAAGACGGGAAACACAGGGGAGAGGCUGAAGGAGAGUAUCCAGAUCAACAGUGGCCUCCUGGCCUUGGGCAACGUCAUCAGUGCCUUGGGAGACCCUCGCAGGAAGAGCAGCCACAUCCCCUACAGGGACUCCAAAAUCACCAGGAUCCUGAAAGACUCUCUGGGGGGGAAUGCCCAGACCGUGAUGAUAGCCUGUGUCAGCCCAUCCUCCUCUGACUUUGAUGAGAGCCUCAAUACGCUGAACUACGCCAGCCGGGCGCAAAACAUCCAGAACAAGGCCAUCGUGAACUGCCGCAAGGAGACGGAACACGUCGAAGAGCUUCACCUGCAGAUAAAGAACCUGCAGAAGGCGCUGGAACAGCGGCACCGCUCCGAGACCCGUAUCAUCAACCGCUCGGCCACCGCCAAACGAUGCGCGCCAGACCCCACGGCUCGGCUGCUGGCGGAGUGCGCGCAUUACCGGACCUGCACCGACGCCGCGUACCGGCUGCUGAUGGAGCUGCAGGAGGACAGUAACCUGACGGUGGAGCAGAUCCUGCGGGUUAAGGAGUGGCUGUGCACGGUGGAGAGCGAAAGGAGCGAGCUGACCUCGGCCGGGCUGGAUAGCGGCAUCGAGAGCACCUCCGCGGAAGACCAGAGCCCCGAGGCACAAGGCUCAAAGCUGGCGAAACCCCAGGUGAACAACGAGAAGGGGUGUGAGUCCAUCAAAGAUGAGCAGGUGGCCAAACUGCAGAGGCAAGUGGAGCGCCUGGAGGAGGAGAACCGUGAUUUCCUGGCUGCCCUGGAGGAUGCCAUGGAGCAGUAUAAGCUGCAGAGCGACAAGCUGCAGGAGCAGCAGGGUAAGAUCUCAGAGCUGCACGUGCGCUUGGAGAUGGCAAUGCCAAACCUGUGUGUGCCAGGACUUCUGGAAAACCUUCACCUGGUGACCGCUGGCCAGAGACCUCACACGGCCCCGCUGGAUGCUGCCCCGUCCCAUGGGCUCAGCCGGGUUCCCUCAGGGCUCCUUCCUGCCGAGCAGAGUGGAAGAGCCCUUUGCAGGAAGCAGCUCGACAGCAACCCCUCCUUCCAGGAGGAGGACCUGGCAGGCUGGCACCUGAACCACGCGCAGUGCCCGACCGGCAAUCCAGAGAUCAAAGCCAUGGUGCUGAGGAGGGAGCUCAGCCAGGACUCAGAGAAGCCGGCAGAGCUGUCCUCGGGAGAGGAGGAGGAGGAGGAGGAGUGGGAACAGAAACGGUCCCUGUCCCAGCGCCGAAACGGGAUCCAAAGCUGGAGCAAGAAAGAGAUUUGCAAGUUGAGCGAGGAGCCAAGUGGAGGCAGUGCCCCCUCAAUUCAGGAGGAGCAGCUGGAGCUGACAAAAGAGGUCUGCAGGAGGCGGGAGCUGCUGCUCGGUCCCUGGGAGUGCCUGCCAGGGAAGGACUCCGAGUGGAGGCUGGUGCAAGCACAGCAGAAGAUCCGAGAGCUGGCAAUCAACAUCCGCAUGAAGGAGGAGCUGAUCACGGAGCUCAUUAAGACAGGCAAGGACGCCCAGGCUCUGAACAGGCAGUACUGCCAGAAGAUCAGCGAGCUGGAGCAGGAGGCAGAGCAGGUGCGGGCAGAGCUGAGCGACAGCCAGAAACAGCUCCAGGAGCUGGAGGGCAAAGAGCCGUGGGACCCCGGGGAGAAGCGCAAGCUGCAGGAGUACCGCACACGCGUGGCAGCCGCACAGAGCAAGGCACGGGUUCUGUGCAAGAAGAAGCAGGCAACGGAGAGGUUGGUGUCGCUCUCGGCCCAGAGUGAGAAGCGAGUGCAGGAGCUGGAGAGGAACAUUCAGCUGAUGCGGCGGCAGCAGGGCCAGCUGCAGCGCCGGCUGCGGGAGGAGAGUGAACAAGCAGCAGCACCAAGUCAAGGGAGGAAUGGGCAGGAGCAGCUGUGCUACUGCGGUGUUUGUGAGGAUGACGAUGGGUGGGCUCUGCAAGCUGCCGGGCAGGCAAGGGAACUGGAACUGAAGCACGAGCAGCACCAGAAAAUCCUGCGCAUCAAAACAGAGGAAAUAGCAGCUUUCCAGAGGAAGCGGCGGAGCGGCAGCAACGGCUCCGUGAUCAGCCUUGAGCAGCAGCAGAAAAUUGAGGAACAGAAGAAGUGGCUGGAUAUGGAGAUGGAUAAAGUUCUCGAGCAGCGCCGGGCCCUGGAUGAGCUGGAAGAUGAGCUGCGGAAGCGGGAAGCUAUCGUGGCCAAAAAGGAAGCCCUGCUGCAGGAGAAGAGUGGCCUGGAGAGCAAAAGACUGCGCUCCAGCCAGGCCCUGACAGAUGACAUAGUGCGUGUGUCCAGCCGUCUGGAGCACCUGGAAAAGGAGCUGACUGAGAAGAACGGGCAGCUGCGUCACGGCAGCGCCCACGACCAGCAGCAGAUCCGCCAGGAGAUCAACAACCUGCGCCAGGAGAAGGACCAGCUGCUCAAACAGAGGUUGGAGCUCGACAACAAGCUGCGUCAGGGCACCCUGCUGUCCCCAGAGGAAGAACGGAUCUUGUUCCAGCUGGACGAGGCAAUCGAGGCUCUGGAUGCAGCCAUCGAGUACAAGAACGAGUCCAUCACGUGCAGGCAACGAGUCCUGCGAGCCUCGGCCAGCCUGCUGUCCCAGUGUGAGAUGAACCUCAUGGCCAAGCUCAGCUACCUCUCCUCCUCCGAGACCCGAGCUCUGCUCUGCAAGUACUUCGACAAGGUGGUGACGCUGCGAGAGGAUCAGCACAGGCAGCACAUUGCCUUCUCGGAGCUGGAGAUGCAGCUGGAGGAGCAGCAGCAGCUGGUGUACUGGCUGGAGGUGGCCGUGGAGCGCCAGCGCCUGGAGAUGGACCGCCAGCUCACCCUGCAGCAGAAGGAGCACGAGCAGAACAUGCAGCUACUGCUCCAGCAGAGCCGCGAGCACAUGGAUGAGGGGCUGGCCAGCAGCAAGCUGCAGUACGAGGCGAGGAUUCAGGUGCUAGAAAAGGAGCUGAGCCGUUACGUGUGGGCAAACCAGGAGCUGAACCAGAGGCUGAGUAACAUGAGCCUCCAUCCUGGACAGACCAAAGCAGGGACGGAGAGAAGCAUUCACGGGGCUGGGGACAGAGCUCCCCCUGCGCUCGGGACCUGCGAGGAAUCCAGCCUUGGGGAACAGCCUGUACCUCUGGCCGUCACUGAAGAAAGCCAUCGGGUCAGGGAUGAGAGCAGGGACCUGGUGCACGCCCCUUUGCCAUCGACGUGGAGGCGUUCCUCCCUGCCCAACGACAGCCCCGGGGACCUUCGGCACAGGGAUGCCGAGCACUUGCCGAGAGCGGGGCAGCCCCACGAGGUGCACCCGCCGCGGAGCCUCGCUCCUGCCUCCAAGCCCCGCCGGGAGCUGCGCAGAGCCAGCCUGAACGUGACCCCAGUGCCUUACCACCCAGCAAUGAUAGACGUGAGGAAAAAUCCACUCUAGACACAGGCUUAACACUUAACCUGGCACAGGGCAGGGAGGAGCAGAUACUGCUGACGUGAGCUUAAGAGCCUUUCUGCCCACAAGCCAGCCUGACUGCAAACCUGUUACGUACCAGAGGCCUGAGGAAGAAAAAGACAUGACUUCUCAUCAUAAGGGAGAUAAGCAUCAGCCUACGUUCCCCAUGUUGCUGCCAGUCUAGCCAGUGCUGACUGGACACCUUUCCUCCGGCACCCUCAGCAGCUUAAACACUGGGAAGUGGGAGGUACCUCCCACCCUCGCCUCGUAACACUAAAAACUUGUUUACAGUUUGGAAACCUCUGCUGCAGGGCUCGCUCAGCCCUAGCAGCCUUGGAGGAAGAUGCUCUGCAGUCCCACAGAACUUGUACAUAGAUUUUUUUUUUUGUAGUAACUUUGUUUUUUUACAUUUCUACUGUAACUUUUCUAAUAAAGCAGAGUGAGU